UGCACAACGGAAAGGCCGUACCCGUGGCCGUCGGAUCAGCGAUGUUGUAGAAAGCUAGACGAUUUUUUUUUAUUUCGUUGGCGAUCGAAGCACGACUGGAGCAUAAUUCGGCAGACUACAGCGGCAAAUAUCUCCAGAGUGACGGAUCUGAUAUAUUAUGGGAAGGCGGUAGCAAACCUAUCGUGGAGAUAAGCCCCACUCAGGGGAGACAACGGUCCGACUCUGUUCCGCGCCCGUUACAAAACAGUUCAUGCCGUCUUUCCUUGCGCGAGGAAGUAGGUGGAAAAAUAAAUUCGACUGUGAGUGACAAUUCAACAGUGUUACCAGAACCGCGCGCAGAGCCAGGAACGCGUUUUUUCAUUGGCGAAAAUGGGCGCGUGACGCUUCUAUCCAAAACGAAGAGCGCGCAGCGCGUUGAUUUAAAAGUAAAGGGUCACGAAUCUUAGCGUUAUAAACCAUCACUUCCACAGCUCGUGUUUUUGGUGUCAGUCUUCAGCGCUUGUUUGACAGUACGCUCACCAUUACAAAUUACACGAUGGAAUGUACAUUGACAGAGUUCAGACAGCCCCUUUCUCAGCUGUUGGGGUUUUAACACCUGGCAUUCUGACUGAGAUGAAGACCGCCUUGUGCCACAUCGUCGGCGCGACACCGCAGCACAACAGAGUCUAGCUAUCCUCUCGGAUUGUAACUGUCCCUGUCGAGCAAGAUGUCGGGAACUCCGUCGGAAUCUGUGACUCUGGAAGUCGAUGAAACUAUGACGAGCGAGAGGACGGGGCUUCGUGCAUCGCCAUCACUGGACGAUGAGCCCCAGAAAUGGUUCCUCUCUCCCCACACCACGAGGAUGCAAGUAUGGGAUACCCUGGUCAUAGUCAGUGCCGUCUUCUCCUUUUGUCUAGAUCUCUUCAUGUUUUCAUUUGAGUCUAAACUCAUCGCCCUGUGGGUACUUGCCUAUGUUGGCGACGCAAUUUUCAUCAUCGACAUUUUUCUACGCUUCUUCCGCGGCUACAUGAAACACGGAAUUCUGAUAACGGACCGACAGCGAAUCAGGAGACACUAUUUAAAGACCACUUUUUGCUUCGAUUUCUACUCCGUUCUACCCUUGGAUUUUAUAGUUUUUGCACAGCCUGGACUAGGUGCACCAGGAAUAAUGAAGGUACUAGCAAAAUAUCGCUGCAUGAAUCGGUGGAUUAGAUGUUUUCGUCUCAUGUCAUUUUUUGAAACCCGCGAAUCAAAACUGGGCUCCAACACAUCACUAUUACGAACCUUUAAGUACACAACCGUUGCUGGCCUUAUCAUCCAUAUAACAGCCUGUGUGUGGUAUUUUUUAGCCUGCGAUGGUUGGCAUGAUGGGCUCCCUAAUGCGUGUCAAAAUGACAGCUGGGCCUUGAACUUCGACCUUGGUGCCGAUAUCAGGAAUAUCAGUGCCGGAGAGUCCUACGUUAUCGCCUUGUAUUGGUCCGUGGCUACUGCAACUUCAACAGGGUAUGGCGAUAUUAGUGCCGUGAACGCAGGGGAGAAGUGGGUAUCUAUUUUGGCCAUGUUGAUCGGCGAGGGCGUCUUCUUUGGGAUGAUUCUCGGCGGGAUGGCCUCCAUGCUCACCAACUUUGACGCACAGAGGGCGCGCUACACACAUCGCUUCAACGUCAUCAAGCAAAGUUUGAAGGACGAAACAGUGACAGAAGAUCUGCAGAGGCAAGUGGUGGGUUAUUAUGAAUACCUCUGGUUUCGAAAAAAGGGAGUGACGGACGACAGUCUGAUCAAUGCCAUGCCGCUGACCUUCCAUGCAGAGGUAUCGCUGAGCGGAAAUAAGUACAUCUUGGAUAAGGCACCGAUGUUCAAGGGAAUGAGUGAAGGGUUUAUGCGCAUGCUCUCUCUAGAGAUCAAACCGUCUCUAUAUCUACCAGGUCAAAUGAUCGCCUACCGGAAUGAGAUCUGCCAUAAUAUGUACUUCAUCCAGAGGGGGGAGGUCGAGGUCUUAUCUGCAGAGGAUGACGAUACUCCAAUCAUUUCGCUCAGGCAUGGCAAGCUCUUUGGGGAGGUCAGUCUUGUAUUCAGCAUGCCCAGGACUAACAGCAUUCGAGCCGCUGCCCAUUGUGACCUCAUGGUCCUGGACAAGGCUGACCUGCAGAACGUCUUACAUCACUACCCAGAAGUUGCUAGGAAGUUGCAGCGUAUUGCCGAGGAGCGAUGCGAUGCCGCAGGAAGACUAGAGGAGCGUGUUCGUGCCGGGGAGGGAAUUAUACCAGCGUCCAAGAGCCUACGACGACUGUCUCAUGCCAGUACUCACUCACCAAGACAUUCUGGAACCCAAGCCAACAUGAGGCCAGACCAGUACGGCAAGAAGUCAAUGGAGGCAUUUGACAUCGAGGAGCUAGUGAGCGUUCACCACGGCUCGUGUGCCGCGCAAAGCCCGUUAAGGAUUGUUCAGCCGAGGGUGCAUCGCCAGUUAGGUCAGUGGUGGGAGGAUUUCUGGGAGUUGAUCACAGAGACGGUGGUGAUGCCCGGCUCACGUUUUGCCAAGCUGUGGGAACGAGGCGUGCUGGUCAUCACGCUGCUCAUCUCGGUGCUGUACCCUUACUGUGCCAGCUUCAUCGCAAACAGUGGGGCUGGGAAAGCACCAAAUGUGGACGUAAAUGAUGAUGCUGGCGACGGUGAUUCCGACAAUCUUUUGCUGUUGACGCUCAUGUACAUCAUGGACUUUGUGCUCCUGUUUGACAUCAUCGUCCGACUGAGGACGGCUGUUUCAACACCAAAUGGCACAUACAAGGACUUCAAGAGUAUCCGUGAGCACUAUGUCAAGAGCGUGGGCUUCGCGCUUGAUGUGAUCGCCAUUCUGCCACUGGAUUUCUUCUCAUUGUUGGUACCCGAGGGCAAAGACCGCACUAAUGCACUGUACUUCCUUUCCCUGAACAGAUUAGUCAAAGCCUGGAGGAUGCCCAACUAUUUCAAGAACUUGGAGAAGGAUCUGGAUGUGAACAUUGCCACCAUCCGAUUCUUCAAGUUCUUCAUCUACAUCGCUCUGCUGUCUCACUGGAGUUCCUGCCUCUGGUAUCUUGUCACCUGCGACACAGGAAACUGUCAGAUGGACAUGAAGACUUCCGAAGCAGAUUUUGUGUUUAACGUUAAGGGUGCCAGCCCCAAGCAAGCCCAAAGUUCCAAAGUUCCAACUACAGAUGUGCCGCCAUCUACCACUGCGCCGUCUCCAUUCGACGAAUAUGUGACUGCGCUCUACUGGGCUGCAGCGACCAUGACGAGCACCGGCUAUGGUGACAUCAGUGCGCAUACGACCAUCGGCCGGGCGAUUGCCCUUGGGGCCAUGUUGAUUGGGCUGCUGCUCUACGGUUACUGCCUGUCGUCCAUUGCAGCAACUCUGGCCAAUGCUGAUGCCCCAAGAGUGAACUUCCAGGAGAAGUUGUUUGCUGUGCAGGAGUUUAUGAAAGACCACAACUUGAAAUUAAACCUCCAGCAUCGAGUGGUGAAGUACCUUGGCUUGGUGUUCAGAAGACACAGGGGUGAGGUGAUGCCUGGUGGAGUGCGUCUCAUGCAUGACAUGCCCAUCCAACUGCAGCAGGAGAUUGCCUUCGAAGAUGCUCAAGAGACGCUAGGCCAGGUGCCACUUUUCAAAGACUGCGACGCCGCAUUCCUGCGCAUGCUAGCCUUGAAGACCCAUGCCUAUCUCUUCACGCCUGGAGACAUGAUAGUGUACGAAGGCGACAUGGGGCGAGAGAUGUACUUCAUCCGCCGGGGAACCUGUGAGGUUCUGUCCAAGGAUAUGACCAGGGUGACCAGCACCAUUGGGCCUGGCCAGUAUUUCGGUGAAGUGGGCCUCAUCUUUGGUGACUACCGCACAGCCACUGUACGGGCGGCAUCCUACUGUGAGCUGCUGAUGCUCAAGCGCUCGGAUCUGGAUGAGGUCUUGCAGCAUUUCCCCCUCAUUGCUAAUGGGUUGGAAGCUGCUGUGUCUCAUUGGGAGAAGGAUCGCAAGGAGAAACAACACGACGAUAAAGGGCAAUUCAAGGAGGCAGCAGGAGAUGAGGAACAUCUGAAGGAGUUACGUAAUGCCUCGAGACGCCAGCAUGAGUUGGACGUCAUCAGAGACACAGAUGAUCUUCAGGCAGAUAACUCAGUGGAGGCAACAUCCCAUCAACCAACAGAUGCCUCUGUCAAGGUCUUUGACAAGGAUUCUGAGGAUUACACUGAGCCUCUCAGUCAGCUCAGCCUGGUGGGCAGACUCUUCUCCAAGCUACUUAUGAGCUGUGCGUUGCUACCGAGUGGCACGUGGUUUAAGCGCUGGGAGGUAGUCCGCGUUGCCGUGGCGAUCCUCAUGGCAUUCACUGUUACACUCCAGGCCUCUUUCUCCCACAUGGAUGUUGCGUUGUGGGUCAUCAAUUACUCACUUGAUCUGAUCUGCUACAUUGACAUGUAUCUGAAAUUUCACACAGCUUUUUACAACGAGAACAAUGUCCUGGUAACUCAUCCAAUCUCAACUGCAAAGCAUUACUUCAAGACCAACUUCUUGAUUGACUUGGUGGCCUGCUUCCCAGCUGAGCUCAUUGGGUAUGCCGUGCUGGGGACGUUCACUUCCGAUGCCAUCCACGUGUAUGCUGUGCUCCGUCUAAAUCGAUUCCUGCAGAUGUACAGAGUUCCGCUGGCCUUCAAUUAUCUGGAGUCUGGUGUGGAAAACGAAACGGGGACCAUCAGGAUGUUGAAGUUCUUCUUCUACCUGGGUCUGUUCUUCCACAUCAUGGCCUGCCUGUGGUAUAUGAAUGCCUGCUCCCCUAUCUUCAGGGCGAAUCCCGUGCACGAGGACCUGAAGGGCUUGAUUCCCACCAACGAUCACUACUGCAAAAACAUAUCCUGGACGAGUGCCGUAGACCUAGGCUUCUACAACAAGAGUUUGAGCUAUCAGUAUGUCGUCAGCCUGUACUGGGCCUCAGCUACUGGUGCAUCUGUUGGAUAUGGUGAUAUCCACGCCAAGAAUGUAUCUGAGAUGGUACUUGCUCUGCUGUCCAUGAUCUGUGGUAUUGUCUUCUUUGGCUACGUCAUUGCUAGCGUGGCUGCUAGCUUGGCCAACGCCGACUCGCAGCGUGCACGCUACCAAGAGAAACUCACUGCAAUACAGAACUAUCUGAAGGAGCAGCAGAUAAAUCGCUCAUUGGAGCAGCGCGUCGUGAACUACUAUAACUACAUAUGGCUCAGGACCAAAGGAGUAGAUCCCAACUCGCUGUUUGAUGGGCUUCCUCUCUCCUUGAAAGCCGAGGUGGCUUUGGAUCUCUACCAAGACAUGAUCAACAAGGUACCGCUGUUCCAGAACACUGAGGUGGGUUUCCAGAAAAUGCUGGCUAUGUGCAUGACUCCAGUCUACGUGCUGAGCAAGGAAUACGUCGUCAGAAAGUUUGACUUUGGAAAAGAAAUGUUCUUCAUUCACCGUGGCACUGUGGAGGUAGUGUCGGAGGACGGAAACACCGUCUUUGACACCAUGAAUGCCGGCAGGUUCUUUGGAGAGAUCAGUCUGGUGUUCAGCUGCUCUAGAACAGCCUCUAUCAGGGCCCAGACCAACUGUGAUAUGUUUGUGCUCACCAAAGAGAACCUGGAUGAGGUACUAACACACUAUCCGUCGAUCAAGGAACAGAUUAACAGGGUAGCCGAGGAGCGCAUCAAUGCCGUACGCAAACGCAGCAAUGCCAAAGUAGGAGGGGAUAGCAACAAAUCAAGUAAUAAUAACAACAAUCCGAGCAAUAAUCCCAGCGAGAGCACCAGUGCUUCCAGCAAUAAUAACGAGACGAACACCCAAGCAAAUACCGACAGUAAGGCCACGGCAGAGAAUGCCGCCAAGAACGCCACCAACAGCCAGCCGGCGGACGGCCAAGAUGGCAAGAACGAAAACCAGAACAACGACAAGGGCGCGGAGAAGACGACUGAGACUGGCGACGACAAGGACAAGAAGAAGAAAUCUCAGAACGGAAGGGCGCCGGGGGCUGCAUCUUCCUCUGAGCCCGAAGAUUCCUCCCGCUUGGACCUGGGUAGCGACUCCGGUGAGGUACAGACGCGUCAACCUCCCUGCUGUUUGCGCAACAAGAACUACCUGGAGGAGCUGCUGAAGGCCAACCGCUUUGUCCUGAGCCCUGACAGCAAGGUCGUGCGCUAUCUCAAUCGCCUUACGUGCUUCCUUGCCUACAUAAUGUCCUUCACCAUCCUGUUCCAGGCUGCCUUCCAAGAACAGAGCACCCUUAUUCUCGUCUUUAGUUACACCUGCGAAGCGGUGUUCAUUUUUGAGAUAUAUAUCAAGUUUCAUGUCAGCUGUGCUGAUGAGUACGGGGAACUGGAGACCGACUUCAACAAGGUGUACAUGAUCUACUUCAAGAAGCUGAGCGGCUUCCUGUUAGAUCUGGCUGCAGCACUGCCGCUGGACCUCUUCGCCUUGUGCUUCACCAACAGUGAUGAGCAGUCGACGCGCUUUGCUGCUCUCACCCUCCUCCGGAUUGUCCACCUGCUGCGGUUGGUCAGGGUGGUGCAGUUUUUCGACGCUUGGGAGAAGGAGCUCAAUAUCAAUAUGCUGCUGGUGCGUCUGACCAAGUUCUUCGGGCAGUUGUUGAUUGUCAUCCAUUUCUUUGCCUGCCUUUGGUACUUCUUCGCCUGCCCGUUGGGGACCUGCCACGAAGGGACGUGGGCAGAUGCAGAAAUGUACACGGAGGAGAGUGCUCAUUGGUUGACUCGGUACGGGGAUAGCUUCUAUUGGUGCGUCGCCACCCUAACGUCUACUGGCUAUGGAGACUUCCAUGCUCUCAGCCCGAUGGAAAUGAUCUUUGCAAGUCUCGUCAUGGUGAUUGGACAGCUGCUGUUUGGCUCCAUUUUGGGUAACAUUGCAUCCACCCUUGCCAAUGAAGAGUCCGGAAGAGUUGCCUACGAGCAGAGAUUGUCAGCGGUGAAGGUGCAAAUGAAAGACAUGCGGCUGAACAGCAAGCUGAGAAAUCGCGUUGUCAGCUACUUUGACUAUCUGUGGAUGCGCAACAAGGGAGUUGAUCAGCACACUUUGUUCAAGGACGCGCCGUUCUGCUUACAGACUGAGAUAGGACUCGCUGUGUAUGAAAAGAGCCUGAAGAAGGUGCCGCUGUUUGAGGAUUCAGAGCCCAGUUUCUUCCGAUCCCUGUCUCUCAUGCUGCGACCGGUGCUCUUCAUGCCCAAUGAUUACAUCGUGCGCCAAGGAGACGUGGGCGACGAGAUGUACUUCAUCCACAGGGGGACGGUGGAAAUGAUGGACGAGAACCACCAAUCGCAAGUGGACCGAGUCCUCGGACCCGGUGAGUUCUUCGACGACAUCAACCUCUUGUAUGAUGUGCCCAGGCGGACCUCGGUCCGGGCCCGCAGCCACGUGGACCUACACGCCUUAUCUGUGGGCGACCUGAAGGCCGUGCUGGAGCAGUUCCCCGAGGUGGAGUUCAACAUUCGGCACAUCGGACACGCCUUGUACGGCCAGUAUGCAGCCAGCAUCAAUGCACAGGAUCACUUUCCCCCUAAGCAGACCGUCGUUUAACACUCGCCAUCCCCCGAUCCCUACAACAUGGGUUGGCGAACUGAAAUUUAACUUCAACUUGAUCUCGCUCGAUAAUAACUUGUAUCAUUGACGUAACUCAUUUCACGGAGGAUUAGAUGUGAAUUGAAGCAGAUCUUGCUGGAUUUGCUUUUUGACCGUGCUUGAAAAACAAAACCCUUGAGAGGUGAGAAGGUUUGCCGGAAGGACCCAACAUUUGAAAAUUGAGCAUCCUAAUUUGCCUCGAUUCAGAUUAAAUAAAAGGUUGCCUGUUAGUCUCGUGAGGGGAUAACAUGACGGUUUGUCGUCAACCUGCCCACAGGUUAUCCGCUGGCUGGCGGGGCUUUCCAGUAGGUAAGGAGAGGUUUGCACGAAUUACACAGCUCUUUGGUGUUCUGAGAACUGAAAGAAAUAAAAAUUCCACAUAGAUUGGCAUAAGUGUUCCCUUUUCCCCCUACUCAACAUUUAUACUCCGUCUACCACAUCAUAAGUCCUUCAUCUACACAAGUACCUUCUAUGGAGGUUUUUGUGGACUAUAUAGAGGAUAUUCAGUCACAUGCUGUUUGACGGUCCGCGUUCAAUUUAUUCAGAUGUGAACAGAAACGCGCAUGGCUUCCAAGUCUCUUAACAUCCAGGCAAAUACACAAUAGAAAUACACUGUACACAGAUCCGAAAAUGCACGCGCCUCCACGGACCUGGUACGCUUCCUAUCCUGAAAUGCCAUUGCCCGUCGUGUUACGUCACGUGAAAAAUCUCUUUACCCAAUAAAGAGUCCUAGUGCUUCACUUGCAAUGAGACUCCAUGCUUUUAACUUUUUUCCUCAUAUUCGAACUAUUCCUGAGGUUAUUUCUACUGUAAAAAUCUCGUGUACUAUGGUAUUUGAACUUAGUAUAAUGGAUUCUCCCUAUGAAGUACCCUUGCAUGGUGCAUUUUGACUGCAUUGCUAGAGCAAACUGCUCUCGAAAUAGUGUUCACGUUCUAUGCACUCCUCAUGCAGACUUUACAUAUCGACACUUUGACUCGUUUAGAUUUGUUGUAAGUGGUUGUUCUUCAUCAGCCACAGUAAUGGAGACUGCAUAGGUUGCAAAAUAGCUCGUGCCAAGCUUUGGGUGAGACGAUACAGAUAUCUCACGAGAUAAAGAUUACGAGGAACGGAAUAGAGCUGAUUUAAUUUUGUCAGUAGAAUUGCUAAGGCGUAGACGCAAAGUCUGGUAAAAUGUUUUGUGUGAAACGGAAAAGUACAGUUGGCGAGAGAAUGUUGCAGCACGCUUACAGCACACGCAUCAGUACGGGUGUUUCAAAAUGGUGCGCCUCCAAGAGUUUGCAACGCGUUGGCCAAUCACAGAGUGUGAAAUCUGUUUGCCCAGUGCGCGUUUGGAA